AUGGUAAAAAGGAACAAUGCCGCGGGGCUGCUCGGCGACAACGAACGCUUUGCGAGGAGGCCCCUCCUACACGAAAUGCUUACGGACCGGCCGGACCAUUCGUGCGAUCACGCAGUUACAUUCGAUUUGGUGAGUGGUUCACCGCAGCCGGCGGGCAUUGGGCUUGACGCCGUUCUUCAGCGCCGCUCGAAUGUGGGACGCAGAAUCUCUGGUCUUCCCUAUAUGAGAAAAAUGUAUGCGGCAGGUCAGCGAAAUAUUAUUGAGGAGAUGCCGGACCCCUUGACGUGGCAGCCAAGUUUGUCGCUAGCCGGCUAA